AUUAGAGUUGUCCCUCACUGUUCCGGGCACUCAUGACUUUAGUACCGCCCGUUCAUUUGUAAACAUUGCUGCGCACGUGUGGGACUGACUGACAUUGACUGUCCAUGCCGUCAGUGGACGUUUACAGUUGAUUAUUCUGUGAAAUCAUGGCAGCCAAUACUGCUGCUAAUGUUGAUGUGAUCAUCGACACAGGGGGUCGAGAAAUCCCUGAAUGUCCUCAUGGCCCAGCGUUGCUGUUUGUCAAAUAUGACAGAGGAAGCUCAUCCAAGUUUUUUGCCUGCUCAGCCUUCAGAGAUAGGAAGGAGUGCAACUUCUUUCAGUGGGAAAGUGAGAAACCUUCAGAGGAAAAAAAGAAAAUUCGCCAAGAAAUUAACUCGCAACAAAAACCAAAGUUUUCCCAUGAAGAGGCUUAUAAUAGAUUUUUAAGAUUCAAGGAACAAACCAGCUGUAAUCGUGAACUCUGUCAAACUUGUGGCAGGUUCUUGUUACCAGGGGAACUCAAAGAUCACAAAGGUCACAAGGUCAAGUCCCCAAUUACAGAUGAAAUGUUGGAGAAACCCACCAAGCUAUUUGUACCUUUAGAUAACAACAAAACUUUCGCUCAAUACCUGUUCUCGGCCUCUGCUGUUGAUUUUACCAUCAAGACAUUGGAAGAUCUGUCCUUUACUCACAUAGUUUGUGUGGGCGCACCAAGAAUAUUUGAAGCUAUAGAGUUGAAGAAGGAUUCCGCCACUAAAGGAUUACUUCUGGACUUGGACCACAGAUAUCAGCAACUCUAUCCAACGACUAAGUUCUGUCGCUACAACAUGUUUAAUCACCAUUUCUUUGAUGGUCAAAAGAGCGAAGAUGUCUUCAAACAAUUUAUAUUGGAGGAAGAGGAGGAUGGGAAGCGUGUUGCUAUGGUGAUGGAUCCUCCGUUUGGUGGCAUGGUGGAUGCACUCGCAGCAACUUAUAAUAAAAUCAGCCUACAGUGGCAGACCCUUUCAGACCAAACCCAGGACAGCAAUCUACCAAUACUGUGGUUUUUCCCAUACUUCAUGGAGAAGAGGAUCAAAGAGUGUCUUCCUACCACACACAUGUUAGACUACAAGGUGGAUUAUGACAACCACAUGCUGUUCCGUGGCGACAUGAAGAAGCAGGGCUCCCCAGUGAGAAUAUUCACCAAUCUGUCGCCCGAACGUGUAAUUCUGCCUGCCUCUGAUGGGUACUGGUUCUGUAAGGUGUGUUCAAGAUUCUCUGCCAAAGAAAACCUCCACUGUGAUGUCUGUGACCUGUGUCCUUCUAAGGACGGGAGGACGUACAAGCAUUGCUUUAAAUGUGACCGAUGUGUGAAGCCGUCCAAGCAACACUGCAAGACCUGUAAGACGUGUCAACAGCAGGACCACAGAUGUGGUCAACCUAUGUCCAACGGAUGUCAUGUAUGUGGAGCCCUUGACCAUAAAAGAAGGAACUGUCCAAAACAAGGAUCAAGCUCGACGAAAAGAGGAGCACCAGAAAACAGUUCACCAAACAGACAGAAACGAAAGAGGAAAAAGUGAUGAUGAAUGCUUUCUGAUUAAAACAUUAUAAAAAAG